UACUUUCCUAUAUAUAGCCCAGCCUAUUCAUCCGGACCAUUAUUUUCACUCGGCUUUGCAAUUGAUCAUUUACAAAACCGCAGCGACACCCAGCCAUCUUCGUUCGAUCUUCGCACUUCAACAAGCUCCGUCCUUGUUCUCCGCACCGCACGCACACGAUCUCCUUCCCUCUCCACCUCCCUGCUGCGACGACUCUCGACUCUCGCACAAUCCGCACUCUCUCACCGCUCAGCUCCUUCAUCCAGCAUCUUUCUAGCUUUCUAGCAAUGGCCCCUCCACCCUCGGCGUCUCUGCCGUUGACCGAAAGGCUCUUGGCUCUAGCUCAGACCCUACAAUUCGCUUGGUUUGCUGGACAUGUAACACUCCUCUUCUGCAUUGCUCGAUACGGCCUGUCAUACAUUACCUUCAACUAUUACUCGACAGCGGCUAGAUUUUCAUACCGCACCGCCUUCGUCGCGGCAGCGGUGACGUAUGGGAUUGUGGUCUACAAGGCUUUCAGAGCCCGCUCAAGAGCUGGAGCCAGAGGCGGAGCUCAACCGAGCGCUCUUUCGCUCAUACUCGAUGAGAACGUUCAAUAUCUGUCAAUGGCGCUUAUUUGGCUCUUCUCACCCCAGUACCCUCUUGCAAUGCUCCCAUACGGCGUCUACUCCGUCUUCCACGUUGCAACCUAUACCCGUGCCAACCUGAUCCCUACUAUCCAACCACCUCAACAAGUUGCAGGCGCAGGUGCCUCCCCCGGCGGCAAGCCAACCUACAAGCCCAAUGCGAUCGCCGACACCAUUGGCAAGUUUGUCAAGGAAUACUAUGAUGCAUCUAUGGGACUGGUUGCCGUUCUCGAAAUCCUGCUUUGGGGAAGACUCUUCCUUUCUGCCAUUACAUUCCGGAAGGGUUCUUGGAUUUUGAUUGCUCUCUACACUGCCUUCCUCCGCGCAAGAUUCGCCCAGAGCAGCUUUGUCCAAGGCCAAUUCAGACAGCUAGAGGCAAGAAUCGACUCGCUCGUUGGUGCGCAAACUACCCCUCCUGCGGCCAGACAGGUUUGGGAUACUCUUAAGAACAGUUUGAGGACAUUCCACGAUGCUACCGAUUUAGGAAAGUAUGUCCACGGUGCGCCCGCUGCGAAGAAAGCUUCGUAAGUUUUUUCGGUGCUCAACUGAGAGCAAAAAUUUGGCAAUAUGCCCACUUGGAUGUGUUGGUGAAGCACAAACAACCAUGGGUAGCAGAUG